CCACUUUCUCAGUCUUCAGACAAUCUGUGACGCCUUUUGCCAGAGUCAACAACCGAUUGAUGUUGACGUCUUCAAUUAUGAGGGUCUGACCCCGCUCCACACGGCAGUUUUGGCGCACAACAAUGUCCUUAAAGACCUGAAGCGUCUGGAAAGUCCUUGUUCGUAUGUGGUGAUGCAGAGGAAACACGUGUUUGUUGAAUGUAUCCAGACUCUGCUGCUCAUGGGUGCGUCCCUCGCGACCAAGGAUCUCAAAAGUGGCCGGACUUGUCUUCACAUGGCUUCUGAGGAGGCAAACGUGCAGCUGCUGCAACUUUUUCUGGACCGGCCUCGCUCGCUGUCCGUUGUAAAUGUUAAGACGUUUAGUGGAAACACUGCCCUGCACGUUGUCAGCGCUUUGCAAAAUCACAAGAGUCAAGUUGAUGCGGUAAAGCUGCUGAUGAAAAAAGGAGCUGACCCCGGAACCAAGAAUUCUGAAAAUGACCUGCCGUCUCAGCUGGUGCCCGAAGGACCCGUUGGUGAAAAGGUGCGGCUCAUCCUGAAGGGGAAAUGGGUGUAUGCUUAAAAGCACAAAAACACUGUCAGUCAGACAGUCCGCUCUAUGAAACUAUUUGCCAAAGUAAGGCAAAUGCUGGUUGUUUCAGUGAAACAUGCCUCAUUGUUCAUUACCGUGUAAUGCUACAAAGAAAGUAAAGCUAACACUUGCAUUUAACUGGGUUUUCUUUAGGAUGAUACUUGAUAAUUGUGAUCACAUUCUAUGUUUGAGGGAUUAGGGGUUGUACUUUUUUGAUAAAUACUAGUAGUUAACAUGUUUAGUAUUAUUGUAGCUUCCAUAUAGCAAUAUUUUUAGAUCAAAAAUACACAUUUUACACAAACAUAACAGAAAUCAUGUUGACAAAUCAGAUAAUCACAUCGUUUUUGUAUCAUGUUGUGGCAUGACAUUUUUUAGGCCAUCGACCUUCCAGAUUUUGUAAAUGCAUAUUUACAUUUUACUUAAGUUGAAGCGUAUAAAAACAUUAGAUAAAUAUCCUGACAUUAUAAUGUUGAUUUAUAUUAGCCCAACAGUGAACUGUGCAUUACAUGUCUGUCUAAGAAUAAAGUCUCUUUUCUAGGG